ACUAAAAUAAAUAUACUUUCUCUUUCACUUUCAUCAUUCAUCACAUGGAACAAAAAACAGCAUAGUCAGUCACAAUCAAGACUCAUAUCAUACAAGUAAUUUUGGGAAAGUCCACCAUGUUUCUAAGCGGACUCCUGCUGCUCUUUCUGCUUCCUGAUUGGACAGAAGGCAUUGAAGGUGACACUGUGGACAUCAAUACUCUCGCGCGUAUUAUUGAUUUCUUCGAGCAAAACUUUAAAAGAGUUGAUAAAGAUGGACAUCCCCGUCAGUACGCUGUAGCCAUCAACGUGCCAAAGCAUCAGUGUCAACAGAACUUCAAUCUUGCACAGAACAACUUUCUGACUCAAGAGAAUGCCAUGAAUGUGAAAAAUGCUAUUACUGAUGAAACAAUCGCACUUUACCAAGGUGCAGAACUCAUCGCUGCAGGAACUAGAAAAAAGAAGGGAUACUAUAUGCAUUCAGAGUCUCUGCUGCUGAAUCCAGCUGCCAACUCACCCAUGACCAAACUUUUGAAUAAAAGAAAAGACGGCUGCUCUGUUUUCUUCACAUUUGAAUCUCCCUGCGUCAAUACGUGUCUGGAUGAGACAGGCAAACACAGCAUUUUAAAGGCCCUGGAGAACUGGAAAGAACACAGUGGAAUUAAAGCUUUUGUCUUCAAGAGUUUCUGGAAGUUUGACACUGAAAAAGAUCCUCAAACCAAAUAUAAGCAGAUUGUGGCUCAUGUUCCUCUCUACCGCUGUGUGAGUGAGAAUCAGAGUGAGAGUGAGUGUUAUGCUUGUAAAGGGGAAGGAAACACUCCCAUCGACGCAAAGUGUCUGCCUCCAAAAAAGAUCAAAGAUGAAUUAUAA